AUGUCCGCCCGCCCCGCCGCCGCCGCCGCCGCCGCCGCCGCCACCCGGCUCAGCACCCUCACCCGCCACCUCUCCACCUCUGCCCCCGUCCACCGCGAGAUCCAAAAGCUCACCGUAUUCGGCGCAGGCCUCAUGGGCGCUGGUAUAGCCCAAGUAGGUGCGCAGAGUGGGAUGAAGGUCAUUUUGGCGGACGUCACCCAGAAAGCACUCGACAACGGCCUGACAAUCAUCUCUAAAUCGCUCUCCCGAGUCGCCAAGAAAAAGUCGCCCGACGAUAUCGAAGGUUUCACUUCUGAAAUCCUCAAAAACAUCUCCACGACGACUGAUGCGGCUGAAGCGGUAGAAGAUGCUGAUUUGGUGGUGGAAGCGAUUAUUGAGAGUAUCAAGGUGAAGCGCGAUCUGUUUGGGUUCCUUGAUGGCAAGGCCAAGGCAGAGUGUAUUUUCGCAACCAACACGUCGUCUCUAUCGGUCACUGAGAUCGCAGAAGCCUGCAGCCCCGAACGUCAGGCCAACUUUGCAGGCCUCCACUUUUUCAACCCCGUCCCAGCUAUGAAGCUCGUCGAAAUCAUCAAAACCUCUUCCACCUCCCCCGUCACAUUCGACGCUCUCCGCGAGGCUACCAUCCGCAUGGGUAAGAGCCCUGUGACUUGUACGGAUACACCCGGGUUCAUCGUCAACCGCUUGCUCGUGCCAUACUUACUGGAAGCAGCGCGUAUGGUCGAACGCGGAGACGCCACAGCAGAAGAUAUCGACACCGCCAUGACCCUCGGCGCCGGUUAUCCCAUGGGCCCAUUCAAGCUCCUCGACUUUGUAGGCCUGGACACGACAUCGUAUAUCGCAGAGGGCUGGAGGGAGAAGGCCAAGGAGGCGGAUAUCCCGGAGGGGUUGGUGGCGCCUAUUCCGGUCAUUGAAAAGUUGGUCAAGGAGGGCAAGUUGGGGAGGAAGAGUGGCGAGGGGUUUUACAAGUAUGACCAAGAGAAGAAGUAA